AUGUACGAUCUGACUGCUUUUUUGACGAGGCAGAACGCGAGAACAGCAAGCAUGGCGGAGCCAGGUGUGGACUCGUACGAUCACCUUUUCAAGCUUCUCUUGGUGGGUGAUGCCGGUGUUGGGAAGAGCAGCAUGCUCCUUCGCUUUACCGAAGACACGUUCGAUGAUCACUUGCAAAGCACCAUCGGCGUGGAUUUUAAGGUCAAGAUGAUCACGGUGGACGGGAAACGCAUCAAGAUGACGAUCUGGGACACGGCCGGCCAAGAACGGUUCCGCACUCUCACGAGCUCGUAUUACCGAGGUGCUCAAGGCAUCGUCUUGGUGUACGAUGUUGCCCGCCGAGACACGUUUGCCAACCUCGACACGUGGCUGCAAGAAGUCGAAGUGUACAGUCCUGCGAACGGGCGCGACGUCGUGAAGCUCCUCGUCGGGAAUAAGAUCGACAAGGAGCGAGUCGUGAGCCGUCGGGAAGGCGAAGCAUGGGCGCGGUCCAAGGGCAUGUUGUUCGUCGAGAGCAGUGCCAAGACCAAGACCGGCAUCCAGCAAGUGUUUAACGAAGUGGUUCAAAAGAUUCUUGACAACCCUACGCUCCUUUCCAACACAGCGCCCAAGAGCCGCGUCGCAAAGCUCGACCUGGCAGACGCGCGACCAGCCGCUUCCUCCGGUUGCUGCUAACGGAUCGAUUCGAACGAGCUGGAAAAAGAACGCUCCUGCGAUGGAACUCGGAUGGAGGGCGUGGUGACAGUCACCUGCGGCAGCCAUGACAAAUACCAACCUCCCAAAAAAUAACUACAAUAUAUGACUCGUGUGCAUGCGCACAUAUGGCCGUCGACGAGCGGCUUGCACUUGGAGGAGCAGCUGCAUCAUCGUGACACGGCUGUCGGUAGAGUGGUCAACGCGUUCGUGGCAGUGUGACAGCGCCGGUGUCUUCAAUGCAUGGCGGCGCCGCGUCGCUUGCUUUCCGUGCAAGGUAUUGUCGUUUGGUCGGGUCUCGCUUCGUUGGAGCACCCAGAAAGAUGAUCAUGAUCGAACAUGUCCGUCGGUCGUCGUCUGCUCGUCGGUACCACCACACUUGGGUUGCCUCUACAUCGCCACAACUCGAGUCUCUUCAGGCACCUUCCGGCGUCUCCACCUCCGC